AUGCGCAAAGCGAAGCGUGGGAACAAGCGAGACAGCAGUCCUGCGUGGAAAGUGGCAACGCUUCUGCUGAGCGCUGCGCUCUUGGUCGUUCUCUGUUGGGCAUUUUCGCAAGCUGGGCAAAGUCCUUUCACUCCAAAAGAGGCACCUGCUGAAAAGGAGUCGCGGCCUGUGAAGGAGCUGGACCCUGCUGACGUCAUCCCGACAAAAGACAAGGCCCUAGUGCCGUUGGAGAAGGAGUUGCAGCCGCCGGGAAAAAGCACGAAGCCUGCUGACGUCACCCUGACGACAGACAAGCUCUUCCUGCCAAAUCCUGCAAACAUGAACUAUUUCCUACGAGACACAGAGCUUUUGAAUCCGCUGUUUGCCUCGCACCCCCCUCUGCGCGUCACCCGAUGCCGCAGCGAGCUCAACGGCCCAAGUAACGACUUCUACCAAGUGGAGCAUCCUGAGGGGUGUAACGCUAGGCCCGGGAUGCGGGACAAAGCGUUACGCGAGUACAAGAAAGGGGAGCUGUUCUUCGCCAUCCAGCUUCCCUGGGUCUCUUACUUUGUCUCGAUCUGGGUGGCUGGUCUUUUCGUGUACGGUGUCUGGGACACGUGGCGUGCAGAAAAGUCUGCCACGCAGACGAGAAAGCAGGCAAAAAGGAACCUGCAUAGCGCGUCUGAUUCAGAGGAUACGUCAGGCUAUGGUCCACUUUACUUUCUGCUUGGCGUAUUCGGGUUCGCUUUGGCGUUCUGCAACGCCAUGUCGCUGUUGGUUCUUGAGACCCAGCUUCCGGUUAGCCUGCCUGACCCAGAUGUAUCUGGGCUUAACCAAUUUCUGGCAAAAUCCGGGUUAUCCUUGCACCGAUGUGAAGCGGGCGUGUACAACAAGUAUGAUUUCUACGUCGUUGGGUUUCCGGACAGCUGUCAGCAGCUGGGAGAUCCGCACGUGGGGAUCUCAGACAAGAAGAGGGUCUACUGUGACAGGUGA